AGGUAACCAAAAAAAUACCCACUUUAUUAGCUUUCUGUUUUCUUACUGUUUCUGCUUGAUUUUGGUUUGAUCUGUUUUGGGUUGUGGUGUUGAUUAGGUUUUGGAUUCAUAUGAUUCCAUUUGUUGUUGGAUAACUGGGUUUUUUUCUUGUGUUUUCAAGAAGUGGGUCAACUCAGUUUGGAGUGUUGCAUGUAGGUGUUGUAUAUUCGGUGUGGUUUUUCCAUCUGGGUAACUGGUAUUUACACUUGGAAGACGCGUUUUAUGCUGGAAAGGAGGUGGUUUUGCUUUGAAAAAGAGGUUUCUAUUGAUGCCCAUGGGAAGCUAAGUCUAUUGAAGAAGAUGGAUGUAGAAUCUACCCAAUGAAUUGGUAGAUCUUGUAGGCAAAUGGGUUGUAGAAGAAGCCAAUUAAAUAAGGGUGGUGGUGGAAUUCCCUUCAAGCAAUGAGUACUGGAGAAUUAACGACACCUGCUUGGUUCCAAUAGAAAUAUAAUUUCGCCAAGGUGGUGUCUAAGGGGAUAUUUUAUCCUGUUUGACCUGGUUAUUUAUGGAGUAACCAUCAAAGAUCAACUUUAUCCAGCCUUGUGGAGAAGGCAACUCCCUAAUACUAGUGGUAGUGAAGGCAUGUCUAAUCUUUUAUAAUGUGCUUCAAUGGAAUUCCUUUAGGCCUCUUGGUGAUUGAAGAAGCCCAUAAGGAAGCUGGCAAAACAGUAGUCCCCAAAUAAUAUCCCCUUGGUUGGAGUUAUCCUCAGGAUUCUGGGGUCUUCUUCCAACUGAAUUUUCCAAGUCAAAACCAAGCAAGUAGAAGCCCACAUCACUUUGCUUCAAUCAUCCUGGUAUUACCAUAGCUAAUUUCCUACAAAGAUGAGAUAUUCCAAGGAGGUACCCAAAGAUCUAGGAUCAAAUGGAAAUUGAAUUUUUGUUUAGGGUAAGUUAUAGUUUUGGAACCAAUUUGAGUUUGGUUGGAUGUAGUUUGGCUCUUUAACAGGAUGAUUGGAAUCUAUACAUGAGAUUACAUUAUGGAGUACUUUGAGAAUUUCAAUUUUUGAGGUCAUGGUCAUGCUACUUCGUCUUAUUUGCAUUGAUCCCUAAAAUAUAAAAAUUAUAUUGUAUAAGGAAUUUAGACCCAUUAGUUUGUUGAUUAGCCUUUGUAAGAACAUUGCUUAAGCAGUUUUUUUACAGAUUCUUAUGAGACUAUUUUCCACUUUUGAAGGGACUUAUGUCUAGUAAACAGAUGUCAGAUGUGGUCUUAAUAGCCAUUGAAGUGGUUGAAGAGUGUGGUAGAUUUAAUAGGGAAGUUAUUGUUCUCAUGCUAAUACUAUGCCGUCAUUUAAAAUUCUUGAGGAAUUUGAGUGAUCAAGAUCAAUUGAUGUACCUCCCUUCUCCAAUAGUUACAGAUGUCUACUUUUCUAAUUCCCAUUCUGUGAGAUGUUGGUGCUCAGAAAGCUUCGUACAAACUUACACUUCCUUUCCAGGGAUACUUAACUUCUUGUCUUUAUUUGAAAUAACUUGAUUUGAUAAGCCUAGGUGCCUCCCAAGAUGGACCUUUGGAUUGUUUAGUUGCUUGCAUGAGGAUAAAUACCAAAACCAUGCUCCAAUUUAAAGGCCAACAGAAGCUUUCCUCCCUGAUGUGUGUAACUGUCAAGCAUCCCAUGUACUGCCCUGUGCUUAUCAAAAAAAAAAAGAAAAAAAAGAAACAAACCCAUGCCUUACCCUAUUUAUUCCUUAUGGAAGAGAUUAUUCUCCACAUUAGGUGUUAUGCGGUUAUGCUUUUGGUAAUGGUAACAUGGGUCAAUGGGUUGGAGAAGAAUGAUAUAAUCUUAAAGGUAGGUUUUUACAGCAAAGGAGUUACGGGAUAGUAUGUCUUUCCUUGCAUCACUUGGGUAAACAGAGUUUUUGCAGCUAUUCCCCUGUGUUUUAUCAUGUCUCACUCAGUUUAUUUUUGUAGUUUGUGAACUUCUAGUUUGGUUAUCCAGUGCAUGUGGAGAUCUCCUCAAUUUGAAAACAUUGAUGACCAUUCCUUUAGCAAUCCGUGUCAAUUUGGCAUUUAGAUAAAUUUUCAGGGAUCAACCAAAUGUCAUGAGUUUUGUCUUAUCCUCUUUCAGCAGAGCUGCGCAAUAUAAUCAAGGCAAAGAUCCUUGCUUCCACAAAAGGUCCAUCUUGUUGAAUAGGCAAUCUUUAGAUGGGUUCCAUUGAGGAGAAGAUAGACCUUGAAUCAGAUGAGGAGAUCCCUUUUAGCACAUCACAAGGCACAAGAAAAGUUCAUUCUUUUGACUUCGAGACAUCUCAUAUUGGGUCUCAUGCAGCUCUCUCCACCUCAUGGAUCUUUAAAAAAAUGAGGACUGCUCCUCUAAGAAGUGUUUACAUUGUCUUGAUUAAAGCGAAGAUAAAUAUGUUGCUACCUUUUGGUCCCUUAGCAAUUUUCCUACAUUAUCUUACUGGAAAGCAUGGAUGGGUCUUCUUCUUCAGCUUAUUAGGUAUUACCCCUUUAGCCGAGCGUUUGGGUUUUGCCACCGAGCAGCUUGCAUUCUACACAGGCGCUACAGUUGGGGGUCUUCUAAAUGCUACCUUUGGCAAUGCGACAGAAAUGAUAAUUUCAAUGUAUGCAUUGAAGCAUGGGAUGAUAAGAGUUGUUCAGCAAUCAUUAUUGGGCUCCAUCUUGUCAAACAUGCUUUUGGUUCUUGGAUGCGCAUUCUUCACUGGCGGGAUAAAAAAUCACACAAAAGUUCAGGAGUUCAAUAAGGCAGCUGCCUUGGUGAACUCAGGAUUAUUGCUUAUGGCUGUUAUGGGUUUAAUGUUUCCAGCGGUGCUUCACUUCACACACACAGAGGUGCACUUUGGGAAAUCAGAAUUAGCUCUUUCAAGAUUUAGCAGCUGUAUAAUGCUUGUGGCAUACGCCAGCUACCUUUUCUUUCAGCUUAAAAGUCAACCGAAUCUUUAUAGUCCCAUUGAUGAGGACACAGAAAAAAUUGAAGAAGAUUCUGAUGAAGACAUUCCAGAACUAACUCAAUGGGAAGCAAUUAGCUGGCUUGCUAUUCUCACUCUAUGGGUGUCUGUACUCUCUGGAUACCUUGUUGAUGCUAUAGAGGGAGCAUCUGAGUCAUUAAACAUGCCAGUGGCUUUUAUUAGUGUCAUUCUGCUUCCAAUUGUAGGAAAUGCUGCUGAGCAUGCCAGUGCAAUUAUGUUUGCCAUAAAGAACAAGCUUGACAUCACAAUCGGAGUUGCAAUUGGUUCAUCUACACAAAUAGCAAUGUUUGUGAUUCCCUUCUGUGUGGUUGUUGGUUGGAUUAUGGGACAACCAAUGGACUUGAAUUUUCAACUCUUUGAGACUGCCACUCUCUUUAUCGCGGUGCUAGUAGUGGCAUUUAUGUUGCAGGUUUGUUAUCAAGUUCCUCAUUUCCCUUUUAGUUUUGGUUUUGGUCAAUCACCGAUAUGGACACAUAUCUUGUUAAUUUUGUCUAGGUCUUGUGCAUCAUAUGCAUUAUGGCAGUGCAUUUUUCAUAUUUCUUUUGUUUAUCUUUUGCUAUCAAAAAGGAAAUCACUAUCACAUUUAGGACUAGUUCACGAAUGUGUUUCCCAUCUCAUUUAUAGCAUCAUCACUAGCAACAUUCCGGUGUACCAUUUUGUCAUUUGAGGUAGUCUUAAUAGAUUUAUCAGUAAACUAGUGUAUUCAAUUAAUCAUUCAGAAAUUGAUGCCUAAUUAGCCUAAUCGUGAGAUCCUCUCCAAGCCUAGUAGGAGCACAACAAUCCAUAUUGAAAGGGUCCUCCUGGGAAAGUUUUCAGACCAUCAAUUCAUCUAGAGGUUUCUAGGUUAUCCAAUAUCAUUGGAUAAAUCUUUAUUCCAGUCACAUCCAUUUCAAGGUUUUACACAUUUGUAACCUGAAAAAGUAAGAAGCAAAAUAGAGUUGCUAGGUCCUAAUUCAAUGUAAAGGAAAGAUCCAUGUCUCAUGAUGCCUGUGAGAUUUUUUGGAAUGCAAAUAGGCUGCUGGGAUAUUUCUAGCAAGUCUGCAUUUCAUGAUGAGAUAAGAGCAUGUUGAAGUUGAUUGGUGCUUUAUCAAGGACUAGUUGAUGAGUACAUCUUGCUAACAAGCAUCCUUCUGGAUCUAAUUUAAUUAUGUUGGUUUUCUUUUUGUUGGACCUUCCCGUCAGCAGAUUGAGAUGUACAUAGAGCUUUAUCUUCCUAAUCAAUUUAUUUUCCGUGUAUAAAUUAUUUCUUUUUUACCUGAUGAAUUCAUUAAUUUUGGCUUUGUAUUUGCAGGAAGGGACAUCAAACUAUUUUAAAGGUUUGAUGCUUAUUCUAUGCUAUCUCAUAGUUGCAGCCAGCUUUUUUGUACAUGUUGACCCUACAAAGGGUAAGUUUGACUGAACUUUAUUUCAAUUAAAAAACAGACCUUUACAUCGUUAAUGAUAUUGUCUAAAUUUCAUUUCUACAAUUGCUCCUGUCUUGAAAGGUUUUAUCAUUUAUACUUUUUUCACUUUCCAGCUCUUGUGGUCCUGUGUGCAAGUAUUUCAAGCACUAGAUCUAACUGUUUGCACACAGCCCAAACAUUUCAUGUAUUUGUAUUUUCUUAGAAUCCCACUUACUAAAAUACCCCAUGCUGAAUUUCAGUUUGGUAGAAUUUGAUGGGUAUUGAUCAUGAUUCUUCUA